UGUCUGGUCCAACUGAUGAGACUUCAGGAGACCUGCCUGUGAAAGAUAUAGGUCUGAACCUCUUUGGAGUGGGAGGGUUACAAGGAUUGCUGAAAAUCGACCGACUUCACAGUGAUAUGGAAAGUACCAAACUUAAGCAUAUGUAAAAAAUAUCAUAUACACAUGCUGAAAGAAACUUCAGCAACACGGACGAUGAAGUCUCACCAGGUCAUCGUGUCACGGAUCAGUCGUGAGGAACUGGAAGACAGAUUUUUGCGUUUGCACGAUGAGAACAUGUUACUUAAACAGCAUGCCCGCAAGCAAGAGGAUAAAAUUAAAAGAAUGGCCACCAAGUUAAUACGGCUAGUUAAUGACAAGAAAAGAUAUGAGCGGGUUGGUGGCGGCCCCAAGCGGCUGGGACGAGAUGUGGAGCUGGAAGAAAUGAUCGAGCAGCUGCAGGAGAAAGUUCACGAGCUGGAGAGACAGAACGAAGCCCUCAAAAACAGACUCAUUUCAGCCAAACAGCAACUUCAGGUCCAGGGUGGCAGGCAAGCCCCUUACAGCAACGUGCAGUCCCGCGUAAACACGGGGCGUAGGAAAGCCAGCGAAAGCGCAGGCGCGCAGGACUGCCCCAGGAAAGGUAUUAGAUUCCAAGAUGUAGAUGUAGAUCAACCCAUGCUGACAAAAUAUGGCAACAAUUUACUUGAAGAAGCCAGAGGAGAAAUAAGAAAUUUAGAAGAUGUUAUUCAGUCACAGAGAGGCCAGAUAGAAGAGUUAGAGCAGUUGACGGAGAUCCUGAAAACUCAGUUGCGGAGAAAAGAAAAGGAAAUUGAGUUAUCUCUUCUUCAGCUUCGAGAACAGCAGGCUACAGAUCAAAGGUCAAACAUUCGGGACAAUGUAGAGAUGAUUAAGCUUCAUAAGCAGCUGGUGGAGAAAAGCAAUGCUCUUUCAGUAAUGGAAGGAAAAUUUCUUCAGCUUCAAGAGAAGCAAAAAACUCUCCGGAUCAGCCACGAUGCCUUGAUGGCGAAUGGAGAUGAGCUGAACCAGCAGCUUAAAGAGCAGCGUGUGAAGUGCAGCCGUCUGGAGAAACAGUUGCACUCCGUGACGAUUUCCGAGAGAAGGAUCGAAGAGCUGCAAGAUAGAAUUAAUGACUUGGAAAAGGAACGGGAACUUUUAAAGGAAAACUAUGAUAAACUUUAUAACAGUGCCUUCGGUGCUGCCCAGGAGGAGCAAUGGAAGGUGAAGGAGCAGCAGCUGAAAGUACAGAUUGCGCAGCUCGAGACGGCCUUAAAGUCCGACCUGACCGACAAAGCGGAAAUCCUCGACAGACUAAAAACCGAAAGAGGACCCUUACUAAACCAAAAUGAGAAACUCAUUCAAGAGAACAGAGAGCUGCAGUUACGCUGUCUGGAAGAAAAGCAACAGCUCGAUGACCUUAAAAACCGCAUGAAGUUUUACAACCAGGAGAGUGAUGUUAACGCUGAGGAGCUGAGUGAAGCCCUUCUGCUCAUAAAGGCUCAGAAAUCACAAAGAAAUGGAGAGCUUUCCUUUUUAGAGAAAGUAGACAAUACCAGUCAUAAAGAUCUAGAACGUUCCAUGAGGGAGCUGCAGGCAACUCAUGCAGAGACAGUGCAAGAGCUUGAGAAGACCAGGAACAUGCUAAUCAUGCAGCAUAAAAUCAAUAAGGAUUACCAGAUGGAAGUUGAGGCAGUGACCCAGAAGAUGGAGAAUUUGCAGCAAGAUUACGAGCUCAAAGUGGAACAGUAUGUCCACCUUCUGGACGUCAGGGCUGCGCGCAUCCAGAAACUAGAAGCCCAGUUAAAGGAUAUUGCCUAUGGCACCAAGCAGUACAAAUUUAAACCAGAGAUCCUGCCAGAUGACUCUGUGGAUGAAUUUGAUGACACCAUUCACUUAGAACGGGGCGAGAACCUAUUUGAAAUCCACAUCCACAAAGUCGCCUUUUCUCCGGAAGUGUCGCAGGCGUCCGGGGACAAAGAGCCGCUCACCUUCUGUACCUACGCCUUCUACGACUUUGAGCUUCAGACAACGCCCAUCGUGCGGGGCCUCCGCCCGGAGUAUAACUUCACCUCUCAGUACCUCAUCCACGUUAACGACUUAUUUUUGCACUAUAUUCACAAGAACACGGUCACCCUUGAGGUCCACCAGGCGUACAGCACCGAUUACGAAACCAUCGCAGCAUGUCAGUUGAGAUUCCAUGAAAUUCUAGAAAAAAGCGGUCGGAUAUUUGGCACAGCAACCUUGGUUGGAACUAAAGAAGACGUCCCAAACUUCGGCACCGUGGAAUACUGGUUCCAAUUAAGAGUUCCCGUGGACCAAGCGAUUCGCCUUUAUCGAGAGCGGGCGAAGGCUUUGGGAUAUAUGACAUCAAAUUUUAAGGGGCCAGCGCAAAGGCCGUGGCUAAGUCAACAAGCACCCAAAACGGCUCAGCUCACUUCUACUGAUGGCGCAGACGGCAACUUAAAUGAACUUCAUAUUACAGUGAGAUGUUGCAACCAGCUGCAGGCCCGAGCAAGCCACCUUCAGCCACACCCAUAUGUUGUGUACAAGUUUUUUGAUUUUGCAGACCAUGACACGGCCAUCAUUCCCAGUAGCAAUGAUCCACAGUUUGAUGAUCAUAUGUGUUUCCCAGUGCCGAUGAGUGUGGACUUGGAUCGAUACCUUAAGUCAGAGUCUCUGGGCUUUUAUGUGUUUGAUGAUAGUGAUACCCAGGAGGAUAUGUACAUAGGAAAAGUCAGUGUGCCCCUGAUUUCAUUGGCACAUGACAGGUGCAUCUCAGGAAUAUUUGAGCUAACAGAUCAUAAAAAGCAUCCUGCAGGAACCAUUCAUGUCAUAUUGAAAUGGAAAUUUGCCUACCUCCCACCAAGUGAAUGCAUAACAUCCGAAGACCUAGGAACUGUCAUACACAAAGAAGAGUCCGAAGCUGUUCAAAGACUACCUCCAGCCUCCUCUGUGAGCACCUUGUCUGUAGCACCAACACCCAAACCAAGACAGCGUUUCACAGCUGUAGGGAAGAAGGUGUCUUUCGUGGCCGAUAUCACAUCACAUCAGAAUUCUGAGACAGAGACAUCCCCUCCUCCCGAGGACAGGAGGGACCUUUCACCAGAAAUGGAGGUCACACCAGAAACGGAUGUUGGUACGCCGACGGCUUCGCAUGUUUUCCAGGUGCCUCAAGAAAGCCGCGUCGGUCAGGGGAGAGAGCACACUGGGAACGCGCAGCCAGAGAACGGGGGGGACGUGUCCCUGCUGUCCCAGGGCCAGAUCGCACAGCCAAGUACGACUUCUUCCGAAGACGAAACAGAAAUCACCGAGGAACUGGAGCCGGAAGACGAGGAAGACAGAUCAGCUUCUGACAGUGAUGAGUGUAUCAUUCCAGAACCUGUCUCCAAGAAUAUCCCGCAGACAUCAGAGAAGAUCCGGAUCGAGAUCAUCGCUCUGAGCCUCAGUGACGCUCGAGUGGCCGCGGAUGACACGGUCCAGCGGCUCUUCGUGGAGUUCCGGCUCUGCGGCCUCCCUGCUGAGGAGACGCCCGUGUCGCUGCCCAAGCCCCGGAGGGGGCACUGGGUCCACUACAACUACAGCCACGUGAUCUACGUGGAUAAAGAAAACAACCAAGCGAAGAGAGACGUCUUAAAAGCCAUCCUGCGCCAACAAGAGACGCCUAACAGGAGCGUCCGCUUCACUGUGGUCAGCGACCCCCCAGAGGAGGAGCAGGACCUGGAGUGUGAGGACAUCGGCCUCGCCCACGUCGACCUCGCCGACCUGCUUCGGGAAGGGAGGGACCUCGUCGAGCAGAAUAUCGACGUGUGGGACGCCCGAGCCGGUGGCGGAAGAAUCGGCCAGCUCAGGGUGACGGUGGAAGCGCUCCAGGCCCUGCGGUCGGUCCGCGAGCAGGACGGCGCGGGCUGGGAGGCCUGAGAGAAACUGCCCCGGAGACGCCGCCUCGUCCAGAGCGGAUGCGCACGCUCAGAGCUCGGAGCUGGGCUGUCUGCAAUGCUCUCUGCCUGUCAUCUCUCAUUCACGGGAGGCUGGGGUGAAGGGUUCAAGUUUUGUAUACUCUUUCAUUUGGUUCUUUUUCAAAUAUAGUUAUUUAUUUCAGAGAGGAAGGGAGAGGGAGAGAGGGAG